GUUGGCCAGGCUGGUUUUGAACUCCUCACCACAGGUGAUCCUUCUGCCUCAGCCUCCCAAAGUGUUGGGAUUACAGGCUUGAACCACCACACCCAGCAAGAACUCCUUCUUAUGUUAGAUUUGCUAGAGUUUAGCAGCUCACAGAACCCAGGGGAAAAGUUUACUUAGUAUUGCUGGUUUAUUGCAGAGGACAUUUUAAAGAUUACAAUGAACAGCCAGCUGAAGAGUUAUAUACAGCAAGAUUUGGAAGGGUCCUAGGUUUAGAAAUUCUGUCUCCAUGGAGUUGAGAUGUGCCAUUCUUUCCGCAUGUGAAUGUGUUCUUCACCUACCAGGAACCUUUUUGAAUCCCAUCAUUCAGGGAUUUUUAUGAAGUGUUCAUCUAGUAUGUAUAAUUGUUAUCAACUCAAUCUCCAGCCGCUGUCCCUUUCACAGAGGAUAGGGGGUGGGACUGUAUGUUCCAGGCUUCUAGUCAUGUCUUGGUCUUUCAGGUAAUUGCCCCCCAUGUUAGAGCCCAAUAAUUGUCUCAUUAGAACAAAAGACACUCCUAUAACCCAUGAAAUUCCAAGGCAUUACAAUCUCUGUGUUGGGAACCAAAGUCAAAGACCAACUAGAACAAAGACUUCUCCUAGCAACUCUAUUCCUUAGGAAAUUGCAAGGAUUUUGAGGGGGCUCUAUGCCAGAAACUGGGGAUGAAAACCAAACUAUGUAUUUCUUAUGAAUAACAAUGUCACAUAUAUGUUCAUGUGUUCAUGUUGUUCGUGUCCUUUCAUUCAACUUGAAGAACUGCCUUUAGCAUUUCUUGUAAGGUAUGUCACUUUGUAAAGUGUGUCUUUUAAGGUAUCCACCAUCAUAAAUGAGAUUUAAAGCUGCUUGGUAGAUAAAUUCAGCAUGAAUUCAUCUAAAGGUCAGACUUGAGGGAGUGGUAUUUCUAGAAGCCUCACAUGGAAGGGAGAAUCGUUCAGAACAAGUGUAUCCAGAGGACCAGUGGAAGGGAGAAGGAAUGGAGGGAAGCUCCUGAGGGCUGAGAUGCAUGUGGGGAAAGCCUGCAAGCACACAAACCAAGAAUAAGUAAAUCAGAGAAAUUCCAGUAUUUAUCUGUAGGUGGCAACCACAAUCUACAUGAUUCAGGGAUUCUUAGGAUUUGGAAUCAGAGGGAAUUGAACAUUUCAGAAUUCCAUGGGCUAGGUAGCAUAUGAAACUCAAUGAUUUUCAUAUGUCUAGCUCUAAAAUCAAGGUGUUUUUAUCUCUCUUAGCAAGAAUAGUAAUUCUCUUCCUUCUGACCCUGGAAGAGGAGAGACACCAACCCAACCCACCCCCCACCCACUGCAUGUCCUUGUUGGUUGGACUGGGGCUCCUGGCUUUGGGACAGAUGUUGUAAGCAAAACUGGAGUAUCAUGGUUUCUUCUUGCUCAGAUUUGUCUUCUUAGUGCUUGGAUGGUGUGAGUGAAAACCCAGAGGAAUACAGUUGGUGGCUGAACUAGUAUGAUGCCAUCACAGGAUUCCAUGACCUUUGAGGAUAUAGUUGUAGACUUCACUCGGGAAGAGUGGGCCCUGUUGGACACUUCCCAGAGAAAGCUGUUUCGAGAUGUGAUGUUGGAGAACAUCAGUCAUCUGGUCUCUAUUGGCAAUCAAUUCUGCAAAUCAGUUGUGUUUUCCCAUUUGGAGCAAGUAGAGAAACUUUCAACACAAGGAAUACGCUUACCGCAAGGUAAAGAAGGUGACAUUAAACAUCAAGAAAUACCAUUCAUUCAGCAUAUUGAUCAGAAGGACACAUCAACCAUCAGCACAAUGAGAUCUCAUACUCAAGAUGAUCCUUUUCUAUGUAAUGAUUUAAGAGAAGAUUUCACUCAACAUAUACCAUUGACUCAAAAUAUGGUUACUUACAUGAGUAAGAAACACUUUGUAAGCAAAAUGUUUGGGAAAACCUUCAGUAACCAGUUAUCCUUUGAUCAACACAAGCAAAUUUACACUAGGUAUAAAUCAUAUGUAAGUCAUCUAUUUGAUUAUGCCUUUAUGCAAAGCUCUGACCUUAGACCACACAAUGUGACUCAAACUAGAGAGAUAACUUUGGAAUGUCAUGUGUGUGGGAAAACCUUCAGCAAAAAUUCAAAUCUUAGGCGACAUGAGAUGAUUCACACUGGAGAGAAACCACACAGAUGUGAUCUGUGUGGGAAAGCCUUUACUCAUUGCUCUGAUCUUCGAAAACAUGAGAGAACUCACACUGGAGAGAAACCAUAUGGAUGUCAUCUAUGUGGGAAAGCAUUCAGUAAAAGUUCUAACCUUAGACGACAUGAGAUAAUUCACACUAGAGAGAAAGCACAGAUAUGCCAUCUGUGUGGGAAAGCCUUCACUCAUUGCUCUGACCUUAGAAAGCAUGAGAAAACUCACUUAGGAGAUAAACCAUAUGGGUGUCAUCUAUGUGGGAAGGCCUUCAGUAAAUGUUCUUACCUUCGACAACAUGAGAGAACUCACAAUGGAGAGAAACCAUAUGAAUGUCAUCUAUGUGGAAAGGCCUUCUCUCAUUGUUCUCACCUUAGACAACAUGAGCGAAGUCACAAUGGAGAGAAACCACAUGGAUGUCAUCUAUGUGGGAAAGCCUUCACUGAAUCAUCUGUGCUUAAACGACAUGAGAGAACUCACACUGGAGAGAAACCAUUUGAGUGUCAUAUAUGCAGGAAAGCCUUCACUGAAUCUUCUGACCUUAGGCGACAUGAGAGAACUCACUCUGGAGAAAAACCAUAUCAAUGCCAUCUCUGUGGAAAAGCCUUCAAUCACUCUUCUGUCCUUAGACGACAUGAGAAAACUCACACUGGAGAGAAACCAUAUGAAUGCAAUAUAUGUGGUAAAGCCUUCAAUAGAAGUUAUAACUUUAGACUUCAUAAGAGAGUUCACACCGGAGAGAAACCAUAUGUUUGUCCUCUAUGUGGAAAAGCCUUUAGUAAAUUUUUUAACCUUAGACAGCAUGAGAGAACUCACACUAAAAAGUAAUGAAUAUUUAAGAGUCAUCAGUCAUAGCAUUAACACUAAAUACACGAGAGUACUAACAUAUUACAGGAACAUUAUGUUUGUAAUCAGUGUGGAAAAGACUUUAUUUAUAAAUUUCCACUUUGUUCUACCUAAAUUCAAGGUAGAAAGAAUCCAUAUGUAUUUCAUCUAUAUGGCACAAACUUCAGACUCUGGGCUGACCAUAUACAACAUGAGAGAAUGAAACUAUAGAUCAAAGGAAUAUGGAGGAAUCUUCAUCCACAGCUCUAACUGUUAGACAAAGAGGAGAAAUCAUGUCAGAGAAAUUCUAUGCCUGUCAUCAAUGUGAAAAUGCCUUCAUUAUUAAUUUACCCUUUAAACAAAUGAGUAAAAUCCACAGGAGAAAAACCAUAUGUCUGUAAUUGCUAUGCACUCUCAUUCAGCUAAGCACCAAUUUUGGUGUUUGCCAGAAAAUUCAUUAUCAGGUAACUGAUAAAACAGUAAAUAUAUGGAAAUAUUUUUUAUUAGGUGGAUGAAGGUUCUUGAACAAUUCCAGAAACUCGUAGUGGAGAAGUUAUUCCAUGAAAACUUGUGAGAAAUCCUUUUCUUAAUAGAGCAGCACUUGUAUGAUAGACCAGCAUUCACAUGCGGUAGAACUCACAAUGUCAUGAAUGGAGGGUAGUUCUCCGUAAAUUACUCAUUCCUUAAUCAAAAACAGCAUUUUUCCACUGAGAAAACAAUCUUGACAUGAUAGUGGGAAAAUCUUCAGGCAGCUUUUAUGUCAAAAAAAGUCAUACAGGAAAGAAAACUCUAAAAAGCCAUUUAAGAGAUGUAUAGCUGGGAUACAAGAAAUAAAACCAUCAAGCAUAUGCUUGAGGAAAAAAAAGUAUAAUUUUGGACAAAGGCUUUCUACUGAAAA